UGUUGUUGUGCUUAUCUUAACAAUCGCGUGACUUUUGCCGGCGGCAUAGACCGCGAGGCAGCAAAGUAAAGUGCCUGGCUUCAGCUAUAAAGUAGCUACUACACCUGGGAAGGAGUUCAGGCUUGGAUAUUUAUGGAAUAUUCGUGGCGACUCCUUCAGAUCUGCCAACAUGCAACAACAUGUGCUUCACAAUGAGUUAUCAUAACAACAGCAGCAGCAGCAUCCCAGACAACAACAACAACAACCACAACGAGGAGGAAAACAGAAGCUGCCAAAGCUAGUCGAGGGAAGCAGGAGAGAGGGAGAGAAGCGUCAAUCAAGCGAGUGCUCAAUGCGGGGCACAGAACACGACAGCAAAUCAAUUGAAUUCAAUCAAAUUGCCACAAGCAGCGCCAGCAAGUAGAGCAAGAGAGAGAGUGAGAGAGAUACACAGACAGACAGGCAGGAAACGGAUACGACAAACCAACAACAACAACAACAACGAAGAGGAAGAAGCAGCAGCAAAUAGCCAAUAAAAGCGCCCGCAAGGCGGCACAUUAAUGUAGCUACAAAAUGGGCGCCAACUCGUCGAGCAGAUCCGACACAAGUCUGCUCCAGGAUGAUGACGUCAAUUUUGAUCACUUUCAAAUACUCCGAGCCAUUGGCAAGGGCAGCUUUGGCAAGGUGUGCAUUGUACAGAAGCGCGACAGCGGCACUUUGUAUGCCAUGAAAUAUGUGAGUCGCUCCGUUUGCGAGUCGCGCGGCGCCUUGGGCGGUGUGAUCAAGGAGGUGGAGUUGCUCUCCUCGUUGGAGCAUCCAUUUCUCGUCAAUUUAUGGUUCUCGUUUCAGGAUGAGGAGGAUUUAUUCAUGGUGUGCGACCUGUUGACGGGCGGUGAUUUAAGAUACCAUUUACAGAAUCGGGUGGAAUUCUCGGAGCAGAGUGUGGCCUUAUUAGUGUGCGAGCUGGGCAGUGCCCUGGAGUACCUUCAAACACAGCGUGUGAUCCACAGAGACAUCAAGCCAGAUAACAUUCUACUGGAUGAUACCGGACACGCUCAUUUGACUGAUUUUAAUAUUGCAACGAGGUUGCAGAAGGACUCGCUCGCCUGCAGCAUGUCGGGCACGAAGCCGUACAUGGCGCCAGAAGUGUUUAUGUGCGCUCUGGAAGAAGUUGCGGGUUAUAGCUAUCCAGUGGAUUGGUGGUCCCUCGGCGUUGUGGCCUACGAGAUGAGGUCCAACAACCGGCCAUUUGUGCUCCACUCGCACACGCCGCUGGUGGAGAUUAAGAACGUGCUAAACACCUCGGUGCACUAUCCCCACUACUGGAGUCACAACUUUAUCGAUCUGCUGCAAAAGCUACUCUGUGUGCAUCCUGGCGCUAGGAUUAGCUCACAGCAGGAACUGCAUCAGACGCCGCUGUUGCGUCCCACAGACUUUCAAGUGGUGCUGGAGAAGCAGACGAAGCCGCUGUUCAAGCCACCCGAGGAUCAUCUCAACUGUGAUCCCUGCCUCGAGCUGGAGGAGAUGAUCGUCGAGACGCGGCCGCUGCACAAGAAGAAGAAGCGCCUGGCCAAGCAGCGUUCAGCGCAGCGGGACAGCGAUCCAGAGACGACACUCAUCAAAGAGUUCAUCGUCUACAAUCGCUUCAAGGAACUGAAGCGCAAAGCCAUGGAGCAAAAAGAGAGCGACUGGCAGCGUGAACUUGAGCUGGCCAUGGCCAAUUCCAUAGUGAACAGUCUGGCGCCCAUUCAGGAGAAACCCUCAACAUCGCUAGUCAGCGCAGUCACGCCCUCAUCCACGCCAACGCCCACUCCGACGCCUACGCCAACGCCCACGCCCUGCAUUAGGGGCACAACACAUCAACAGCAACAGCAAGCAAGAGAUAGUGAUAGUAUUGAAUUUAUAGAUCGCACACCUUCCCCGCAGACACAAAUGCAAUCGCAGGCAGUCACGCCCACGCCCCGAAGAUUCUGCUGCAAGGCGACGAGCACGAUCCGUGAAUAAAGCGAAACACCAAAAAUA